AUUCGGUCGAUUUUGGGCCCGCAGGUGUCGCACUUCCCGUUCGACUGGCAGAACUGCUCGCUGAAUUUCCGCUCGGGCUCCUACGGCCCCGGCGAGCUGCGGCUGCAGCCGGGGGGCCCGGCCGGGCCCUGGGGGGCGCAGGUGGCGCUGCCCCCCGACUUCCAGGAGAACGGGCAGUGGUCCCUCGUCCACCGCUCGGGGGGCACCUGGGGCCCCCCGGCCUCACCUGAGGGCGUCUCCUUCCACCUGGUGCUGCGGCGGAAGCCGCUCUUCUACCUGGCCACGGUGCUGGUGCCCUGCGUGCUGACCACGCUGCUGGCCGUGGGGGUCUUCCACCUGCCCCCCGACGCAGGUGAGAAGAUGUCGCUGUCACUCUUCGCCCUGCUGACCCUGACCGUGUUCCUGCUGCUUUUGGCCGACAAGGUGCCGGCCACGUCCCUCCAGGUGCCGCUCAUCGGCCGCUACCUGACGGGGACGCUGGUGCUGCUGGCGCUGGUGGUGGCGCUCAGCGUGGGCGUGCUCAACCUGCACCACCGCUCACCCGGCACGCACGGCAUGCCCGCCUGGGCACGGCAGGUGAGGGGCACCUGGGACAGGUAAAAAUGCAAAAAUUCC